AUGUUUCAGGUGAAAAUAGCGAAAAGCGAUGGCUCUUGUUCAACGCCGAGUAUUCAAUUUACGGAAGCGAACGAAUAUCCAGUGGUGUUCAAAUGGCAUGGUGGUAGCCAAACGAAAGCCGUAUAUGUAUCAGGCUCGUGGGAUGGCUGGAAACGGAAAAUCCCUCUCUGCAAAUCCACAUCCGAUUUUACGACAAUCAUCAAUCUUCCUCAAGGAAAGCACGAAUAUAAAUAUUUAGUGGAUGGAAAGUGGAUGGUAGAUGAGAAUCUUGCGAAAACAGACAACAAAUUCGGAAGUCAAAAUAAUGUGAUUGCAAUCGAUGAGGCUGAUUUUGCAGUGUUCGAUGCGCUCGACCGAGAUUUGGCCUCGUCAAAUGCAGGCGAAGCGAUGCGAAAGGUGAGUGUGGCCGGUCAACAGCCACCGUCACACGAUACACCGAAUGACCGCGAACUGGAGAAACUGAAACAGUUCACGCAGGAAGCACCGGACAGAAGGGAUUUCGAAAAGGCACAAAACCCUCCUGUAUUGCCUCCUCAUCUUCUUCAGGUGAUUUUAAACAAGGAUACCCCGUUACAAUGCGAUCCAAAUGUUUUACCGGAACCGAAUCAUGUGAUGCUGAACCAUUUGUAUGCGUUAUCAAUCAAAGAUGGUGUAAUGGUGCUUUCGGCCACUCAUCGAUAUCGUAAAAAAUAUGUUACCACUUUAUUGUACAAACCAAUUUAA